AUGUACAGACACUUUCUAAUCUAUACGGCUCUCCCUACAACAGCUGCUUCUAUCCCUGCCUCCCCAACAUCCUCAACAACCAAGAUCGCCACCUUGAUCUCCCUGGCACCUGACCUCUCUCCCCUCUUCUCUCCCCUCCUCUCUCCCUUCCCUCCCUUCCUCUCUCCCUUCCUCCAUCCCCUCUUAUUUCUCCUCUCCUCUCCUCUCCUCUCUCCUCUCCCUUUCUCUUCUCUGUCCUGCCGCUCAGUCAUCCGCUGCUCUUACGAUUCGGACCACGUAUGUUAUCUUGGGGACCCAUAUGUACUUGAAUAG